GCCAGAACCAGAGCCGACUUAGGCGCUGUCUCAGCCGCCUUGUCGGGAUUUAGACGCCAAGCGUGCAACAACGAACGCAACGCAGCUGUGUUUGUGUUUGCCUACUUUAUUUGUUUUGUCAUUUUAUGUUGUUCGAACAUAAUAGUGUUGGAUUAAGUCGGGUUCGGAAAAGAGCAAAGCAUAUAUUUCGAUUAGUAAAUCGAAAAUAUAAUAAUAAUAUAUUAUAAAUCUGUUCGAAAUUCUAUUUGAGUUCAGCUAAGCAAAUUAUGAUUUUGUUUCAGCGUCCGUUGGGAAUUUUAGCAUGCUUCUUCACUUACAUCUUCCUGCCACUCGACCGUCACUGGGUCGAGAGUGUGACCACAGUGAGUAAGACGUCGCCGGAAGUGGAAGUGGCAUCGAAAGCGGAAGCGAAAGUAUUGCAGAUGCCAAAAAUGAGAAAUAUGCCAACGAUGCCGACGAUAACGAGUGAAUUCAAGGCGAGUCGCAUCUACGAAUCCUUUCGCGCUGUACCCAACACUUCGAUGUCAACUUCGACUUCUGCAUCACCUACUGACGAGGAGAGGAGCCGUCGCCUCAUGCGACGCUAUGCGAACGAGACAAGCGCCUUCGGAGCAGUCGGCGCAAGCCGCCUGAUGCGACCGCGCACUGCAUCGGCCGAUAUGCUGAGCAGGAACAUCUCGAGCAUACUCGAGAAUCUGCUGAAGCGCUACGAGCAGUCGCAGCUGCCCACUCACGGCCAGGGGCUGCCGACGGUUGUCCGUACGAACAUUCUGAUCCGUAGCAUGGGGCCGGUGUCGGAGCUGGAUAUGGAUUAUUCGAUGGACUGCUAUUUUCGGCAGUACUGGCGCGACAAGCGACUCAGCUUCCAGGGACCUAUCAAGAGUCUCUCGCUAAGCAUCAAGAUGCUGGACAAGAUUUGGCGACCCGACACCUACUUCUACAAUGGCAAGCACUCGCACAUACACACGAUAACGGUGCCGAACAAGUUGCUGCGCCUCGAUCAGGAUGGGGGCAUUCUCUACUCCAUGCGUUUGACCAUCAAGGCCACCUGUCCCAUGGAGCUGAAGAACUUUCCGAUGGACCGCCAGUCGUGUCCACUUAUCAUUGGCAGCUGUACGUACUCGAGUGGCAUGUGGCAUUGGACAUGUGGCAAUUGGAAAGUGAGUUUAAUGUCCCUUACUCUGUUCUUCUUUGUAGAUGGCUAUACGAACCAGCAGCUGGUUUACGAGUGGCAGAAUCACGACGAUGCCGUGUCCUUUGUGCCCGGAAUGACACUCAACCAGUUCGACCUAAUCAGCAUGAUGCAUCGCAAUUUCACGUCAAAUCGCCGCGAAGGCGAUUUCUCCGUGUUGCACGUCGCCUUCAAUUUGAAACGCCACACAGGCUACUUUCUCAUCCAGGUUUAUGUGCCUUGCAUUCUGAUUGUGGUACUGUCGUGGGUCUCAUUCUGGAUACAUCGCGAGGCAACCAGCGACCGUGUCGGACUUUGUGUGACAGCUGUGCUCACUCUCUCGACCAUCAGCCUGGACUCACGCACCGAUUUGCCGAAGGUGAAGUAUGCCACAGCUCUGGAUUGGUUUCUGCUGAUGAGCUUUCUCUAUUGCAUUGCCACGCUGCUCGAGUUCGCAGGCGUGCAUUACUUCACCAAGCUAGGCAGCGGCGAGAUUCCGCGAAUCGAUGACGAGUGGGAAGACAUUGGUGCCUGGGGCUUUGGCGCUCCAAGGGAUGAGCCUGCCGAUGCCGAAGAGGCGACGAGCGACGACAGCGAGCCCCCCAACUCCGACAGCGAUGUCUUUGUCUUUGCCGACCACGAUGCUUCCACGAUGAUGCACUGCGACUGCGACUGCGAGUUGCCACUGCCCGCCGAGCUCAAUGCUCCCGCUAUCGCUGUCGCUGGCAACCGCAACACCUUCAGCUGUCCCAUCUACAAUGUAAGUGAACUCGCACAUUCACAUCUACAACUUCAGUUCCUCGAAUUCCAAUUGCAGAACCAGCCACAGAGUGGGGCCAACAUCUUUCCCAAGCUGUCGUCGCACGCCUCGACCAUGGAGCGCACCACACAAACCGAGCCGCCGGUGGUCUCGCGCAUGCAUCAGAUGUGGCUCUGCCUGAAGGGAGACGACAAGUUCCGUCGGCAGCGAGAGCGGGACGCGGCAGCCGAGAAGAGCAAUCAGGGUCGCAGUGGCAGAAGUUAUGUGAACAGCAUCUCGCUGAUCGAUCGUGUGGCGCGCGUCGCCUUCCCCAUGACCUUUGCCCUCUUCAAUCUGCUCUACUGGCUGGCGUAUGGCAUGUACAAGAAGGAGUUCUCCUGGUCCAUGAUCAAGGCCUGAGUUGCCCCUCGACACAGUUAUGCUCUAUUUAAUCGUCGUAGUCGUUAGCCAACAUGUUACUUGCACCACAUUCAAGUUAGUUUUAAUUAAAUGCGAUAAAUCGCUCUUGAAACUUAACUGUUUAUAUUUCUUAAUCGAACAUCACUAUCUUCAAUCCUUUACAAACUUCAAUGUAAGAAAAAAUAGCUAUUUUCCCCGCCUCGACUGACGGAAUUAGAC